AAUGUCUCAUCGCAGCACAGACCAUCGGGAGCGUAGUCGGUCUCCCCGGGAAAGGGGAGGGGUGGCGGUAGAGAGUAGUGGCGAGCUUGUGGAUGAUCUGGGCAAUGGAGUGGAGACGGAUGGAAGUGACGGUAGCUUUCUAGGAAGUGAUGUAGAUUCUGUGGUGGAGAUGGAAGCACUUGACGAGGGAAAUUCAGAAUGGCAGAAUUCAUUGGGAAAGCAACAGGCAGUGGACAACGUAAAAUGGUGCCUUGGUGGACGGAGGAGUGUAAGGAGGCAAUAAAGGUAAGAAACAGGGCUUUUAGAAAGGUUAAGUCAUCCUUCUCCUUUGCUGACCUGGUGGAAUAUAAAAAAGCCCAAGCCACAGUCAGGAGAGUGAUUAGGAAGGCAAAGAGAGAGCGAUGGGGAGCAUUCUGUAAUACUAUUGGGAGAGACACUUCAAUAACUGAGGUAUGGGGAAUGAUAAGAAGGAUGGGAGGAAUUAGGAGGGAAUAUUCCUUACCAGCUAUACAUUUUAACAAAGAAAUCAUGGCAACAGAUAGAGAAAAAGCAGAAGCUUUAGCUAAAGUAUUUGUUGGAAUCCAUAGUGGGCAUAAUUUAUCUCCUGAGGCAAGAGUGGCUAGAGAAGAGAUGGUUAGAAGGCAUCCUAAGGUGUUGGAGAAAAAGGUUACUGUGAAUGAGACUUCUGAUUUCCCGUUUUCCAUGUUUGAAUUAAAGCGAGCCCUAAGCGGAGUUAGGUCCACCUCUCCAGGUAAGGACGAAAUUUGCUAUGUGAUGGUGGAUAAGCUAUGCCCUGAGGCGCAGGGGGUGCUUCUUCAACUCUUCAAUAUGAUUUGGGAGACAGGGAAUAUCCCACUAGCUUGGAAACACUCCGUUGUGGUACCAGUCUUGAAGCCAGGUAAAGAGAAGAGUGAAGCAACAAGCUAUAGGCCCAUUGCAUUGACCUCUAACCUGUGUAAACUAAUGGAGCGUAUGGUAACAGAUAGGCUGACUUACAUUGUGGAAAAGAGAGGCCUAAUCAGUCCCUGGCAGAGCGGUUUUCGCAGGGGGAGGAUGACGAUGGAUCCUGUGCUGUGUUUGGAGGACUCAAUAAGGAAAGCUCAGGCAAAUAAAGAGCAAGUUAACGCAGUUUUCUUUGACAUAGAAAAGGCGUAUGAUAUGCUGUGGCGUGAGGGACUUCUUAUUAAAUUGGAGGCAAUGGGGAUAAGUGGCAGGCUUUAUAAUUUUGUCAUGGACUUCUUGUUAAAUAGGACUAUUGAGGUGCGAGUUGGGCAGUCAUAUUCUGACACAUAUCCAGUGGAUAAUGGGGUUCCUCAGGGCAGUGUGUGCAGCCCUCUGUUGUUCAGCGUUAUGAUAAAUGACAUAUUUUCUGACAUAGAUGCUAAUAUUGGUAAGUCUUUGUAUGCGGACGAUGGGGCACUGUGGGUGAGGGGGCGAAACUCUGCGUAUAUCUGUCAGAAACUGCAGGCAGCGGUUAGUCUUGUGGAGAAUUGGGGUGUCAAAUGGGGCUUCCGCUUUUCAGUGGAAAAGACACAGGUCAUUUGUUUUUCUAAGAGAAGAAAUGUUCCCCCUGUCCAUAUUACCUUAUAUGGUCAGCCACUCAAACAAGUUGAGGUAGUGAGGUUUUUAGGGGUAUGGAUGGAUUGCAAGUUGACUUUCAAGGACCAUAUUCAGAGAACAGUCACUAAGUGUAAGAAAGCAGUAAACAUACUUAGAUGUCUAGUGGGGAGUGACUGGGGCGCCAGUAUGAUGUCUCUAAAACAUGUAUAUAUUGCACUCAUAAGAUCUGCAUUAGAUUAUGCUAGUAUUGCGUAUAGGUCAGCGGCAAAAACACACCUACAGAAAUUUGAUGUAAUUCAAGCACAGGCCUUACGUGUGUGCAGUGGGGCAUUUAAGACCUCAUCGGUUCCAGCUCUCCAGGUAGAGGCUGGGGAACUGCCAUUAUCUUUAAGACGCCAGCAGCUGGCUAUGGUGUACUGGACGAACCUGCAAGGUCAUAAAGAGGAUCACCCUACCAAGGACAUUUUGAAUCAAUGCUGGGAACAUGGCAAGGCAAAGUUUGAAAGUUUUGGAUGGGUUGGGAAUGGCCAAGCGGAAAAGCUGGGCCUAACCAAAUUGGCCCACAGCUGUGUGGUACCACUGCCUGUUAUUCCACCCUGGCUUUUUACUAUGCCUACAGUGGACCUUGAGUUAGUUAAAAUUCGCAAUGAAGCAGAGGAGGAAAGUGACAUGAAAUACUUGACUAACAGGCAUAUUCGCUCCAAAUAUUAUGAAGGGGUUCAGAUGUUUACAGAUGGGUCUAAAGACCCUGAAACUGGGAAGACUGCAGCUGCAGUGUUUAUCCCAAAGGUUUUCACCUAA